AAAAUGGCGGCCUCCAUGAGAACAUGUGUGUUCAGAGACUUGCGUCUUUUACACCGAUCGUUACUCUGUAACCCUGUAAAAUCAUAUCCUUUGCCACGGUGCAUCCAUUUGACACAGAAAGGAGGAAGGCAAUGCUUGGUGCCCAUCUACCAGGUGUCACGCCCCAGGGUAUGGACUGGAGGACACAGGAGUUUUGUCACCAGUGCCUCACUGCUCAGCUCGGAACCAGAGACAAUCCAAGGGGAGAUAAUCGAGGAAGAAGUGAAGGAAGAAGAAACUUACCACUCCAUUAUCAAAGACACAGAGAGGUCAACAGGUCCUGGAGACAAGCUGGAGUUCCAGGCCGAGACACGAAAGCUGCUGGACAUUGUGGCGCGGUCUCUGUACUCAGAGAGGGAGGUCUUUAUUCGGGAGCUCAUCUCCAACUCCAGUGAUGCCUUGGAGAAGAUGCGUUACAUGGAGAUGAGUGGGGACACACAGGGUGACCCAGCAUUGCCCCUGGAGAUACACCUCGCUGCUGACGAUUCUAAGAAGACAUUCACCAUUCAGGACACGGGAAUUGGAAUGACCAAGGAGGAGAUGAUUGGUAACCUCGGCACGAUAGCCAGGUCUGGCUCCAAGGCAUUUUUGGAGUCUGUGAAUUCGAAUGAGAGCAAGUCUGAUGUCAGCAAUAACAUCAUUGGUCAGUUUGGUGUCGGCUUCUAUUCCUCCUUCAUGGUGGCUGACAAGGUCGAGGUUUACUCAAGGUCACAUCAGCCUGAUGCUGUAGGAUACAAAUGGACAACAGAUGGGACCGGUAUGUUUGAGAUAGCAGAGGCAGAAGGAGUACAGAGAGGUACUAAGAUAGUUCUCCACCUGAAGGGCGAUUGUUAUAACUACUCUAACGAGGAAGUCAUUAAAGAGGUGGUGAAGCGAUACAGUAAUUUUGUGGGCGUUCCAAUAUUCCUGAAUGGAAAGAGAGCUAAUGUUGUUCAGGCCCUAUGGUUGGCAGACCAGAAAGAUAUCACCGCAGACAUGCAUGAAGAGUUCUAUAGAUAUAUCGGUAAUGUGUAUGACAAGCCCCGAUAUCAUCUCCACUACAAAACUGAUGCACCACUCAACAUCCGAGCCCUCUUCUACGUCCCCGAGUAUAAACCUACAAUGUUCGAUAUGAGUCGAGAAACCGAUGUAUGUGUAACGCUGUACAGUAGAAAGGUUAUGAUCAUGUCUCGAGCCUCCAACAUACUUCCACGAUGGCUACGCUUCCUCAAAGGUGUGGUGGACAGCGAGGACAUACCUCUGAACCUCAGUCGUGAAUUACUACAGGACAGCUCACUUAUCAGGAAGUUGCGCCAAGUCCUAACUAGUCGCAUCCUUAAGUUUUUCCAAGACUGUGCCAAGAAGGACGUAGCGAGCUACGCAGCAUUCUAUGAUGACUAUGGCCUGUUCUUUAGGGAAGGCAUUGUCACUGAGCAUGACCAGGACACCAGGGAAGAGAUUGCCAAGCUGUUGAGAUUUGAGUCAUCAAAGUCAUCUAAGGGUGACCGUAUCAGCCUGAAUGAGUAUGCAUCCCGCAUGAAGGCAGGAUCUCGAGAUAUCUACUUCCUGUCUGCUCCAAAUCGAGAGCUGGCAGAGCAGUCACCAUACCUGGAGGCUCUUGAGAAGAGGGAUGUGGAGGUUCUCUUCCUGUACGAACCAUACGACGAGCUUGUGCUGAUGAACCUCGGCCAGUAUGACAAAAAGUUCUUUAAGUCCAUAGAGAAUGAGAUGACAAGUGACAAGACUGAUACGGACACAGUGGACGAGAGUGAUGUGAACAGUUUGCGCCAGACAGAAGUUGACGAUCUGAUGACCUGGUUACAAGGAGUGCUUGGAAACAAGGUCACAAAGGUUAAGGUGACCAAGAAGUUGGUGUCCCAUGCAUGUGUGAUAACUGUCCCGGAGAUGGGAUCUGUACGACAUUUCCUCCGCACCACAUUAGCAGACAAGAGUGAAGAGGAACGCUAUAGGGUGUUACAUGCCACACUGGAGAUCAACCCUAGUCACCCACUCAUCAAGAAGGUGUAUGACUUAAAGAACAACAAAGCAGAUUUAGGAAGAUUAGUUGCUGAACAGCUGUUUGACAAUGCCAUGAUUAACGCCGGCCUGCUGGACGAUCCUCGGACAAUGGUGGGACGUGUCAAUGAGAUCCUGGAGAAGGCAUUGUUGUAGCGGAACAUUUCCUGGACAGAUACAAGGGUUAAGGAGAGGAUGUGUGUCAGCUGCCUCUCAGCAUACCUUGUGAAAAACAAGACUCUUCUAAUACAAUAUGGUGCGAUUUGUAUCUCAGCAUACCUCGUGAAAACAAGACUUUUUUUCUAAUACAAUAUUGUGUGAUCUGUUGUACACUGCAGAAUGACUGAAAAAGAAUUAUUUCUUUCAUCCAACACAGACUGAUGGUCUAAUGUUUCUAAUCUGUGGAUAUUUCAGUUUGUUUACAGAGAUGUAUAAUUAUACUGACUGGAUAUAUAUAGAGAUACCGAACAAGAAGGGGUUGGUUUCAAUGUUUAUACCUAAGCCAUGUUCACUUUCAGAUUUCUAGUAUUGAAAGACAAAAGGUAAACUGAGUCUUUUAAAAUUGAUCAAUAAAUAUAAACAUGAUAGCCAACCAACAAGUAUUGAGGAACUGUUUCAUUUAAAAGCCUUUAAAUAUACAAGGGAAGUAAGUACUAUUUUACACUGUUAUGGCAUCACAGUGACCAUGAUCCCAAAAAAUAUGAUGUCAUAAAUCAUUGCCACAUCAUCUCUCGCUCAUUUUAACUUCAUAUAAAAGGUAUAGGUCAUCAUUUUAACCAAGUGAAUGUAAACCAUUCCAACCUCUGCAUUACAUGUGUCUGCUGGAUAACCGAACUACUCGGUAGUAAAGCGAACGUAAAACAUACAUUUACAUGUGUCUGCUGAAUAACCGAACUACUCGGUAGUAAAGCGUACGUAAAACAUGCAUGACAUGUAGUAUAUAGAUAUACUAUGAAUUUAAUAUAGUUUGCGAUGUUCAGAUACCAGAGAGAAAUAUAUGAUAAAACUGUAUGUUUUACAUAUUAGCAUUAUGUAGCGUCUAUAUAACUGGUCUAUAUUGGUUGUAAACAUCUACUAUUUGACGGGUCAUUAUCAGUUAAAAACAAUAAACAUCUAUUGGUGAAGUUAGCUGUAUUGGUAGUGAACAUCCACUAUUUAGCUUUCAGCAACACUCUGUUUAAAUCUCUGACAUUCUAGACCAGAGAAUGAUUAAAACAUAUUAGCUUGACGUGUUAAUAUUGAAAUUAAUGUAGUUUUAACCUGUGUAACACCCGUAUAGUGUUUCAAGCAUGGAACUGAAUGAAAGCAGUUGAACGUUAUAACAAUGUUCUGCAUUAAAACUAAAAAGAAGUUUAGUAACAAAUUAUACUGGUUCAACUUCAAAUGCUUAAAAUCAAUAUUUAUGUAAGAUUACAGUUAGAAGAAGCAGUUUAUUUCCUGUGCUAGGAAACAUGUGGUUAAUUCUGUAGAGAAGAGAGGCUGUAGAGAGGCCGGUAUUGACUGGAAUAACGAGGCAGUGUACUCCACAGCAGUUCUUCAUCACUACUGUUACACUGAACACUGGCUGCAAAACACAACCACGAUUGUGAAGCGAGAGUUGUGUGUGGCUUCAGCUUCGAUUUAAUCCAUUGAUUCUCCAGAUAUUCUGGUGUCAUUUCAUUCAGUUUAGCUCCCAGUCACAUGCUACACACAACUCAUACAAAUGUGUGACAGAAUGGUCGGGCACAGCUAGCACUCUCGGACAGGGCAUGACUUUCUUUCAUGAUGUAUGAUGUAUUUUUCGGUAAAAUCUCAAAAUUAUCACAUACAUUUGGAUUUUGUCAAAACUGGCCAAAUUAUUUGUUUCUGACAACAACAAUUUAUAACAAGUAGACCCAAUACUUAGUAAUCCAGAGCCCUCUGUAAACUGGACAAAUUAUUUGGUCCCAGGUGUGCCCUCUUUAGACAGACUAUACACUGUAAUUGUAUUCUAGCUGUUAUAGGUAAAAAGAAGAUUUGAGGAUGGAGUUUCUCAUCUAUGAAGCUUGUUGAUUUUUUUAUGACAUUAACUAUUUGUAGGAUAGCUUUUCUCCGUAUUCCAUAUUCAAUUUGAGGUGUAUUUAUUGACAAUGGUUCUGUCAACAUGAUCACCCUGGUAAUCAGACAUUCAAAUUAAAUAUCAUCAAAUGAUUGAAUCCCUUUUAGAGUAAAGAGAUGUAUUACUUCUGUACAUACACAUAACUGUAUCAUUUACUCAUGUCACUCCACAAAUAUAUGUAAGCACAGGUGGUUUACAAAUGUCACAGGUUUCAGAGAUCAAGAUAAACAUGUGACUGCUUUCUUAACUUUUAUUAUUUAAUUUUAUACAAUGUGAUAUGAAGUUGUAAACCACUUAUGUACUUUAACAUGUGUAUUUGAACUGUCACUUGUAGUUAGUCAUUAGACUAGAAGUAUGAAGUGUUGAUUAACCAUUUGAAAUAAAACAUAAAACUUU